AUGGCGCGAAUACACUUCACGAGCGGCGAGAGCGAGACCAAUGUCUCCAAACCCGUCAAGAGAAUGCGCUGGGCUACCACCCGGAAACCUGGCCAGAGCGGAGCAAAGAAAAGGUUAUCGCUGAUUCAAAGGGUACCCAAAGUGCAUGUCUCGUCAUACGAAGAGAAGCCCGCGGAGCCUAAGAAUGAUGGCGUGAUAACCGACGAGAGCCCUAUGGGUCAGCAGCAGCCGCAAGAUGGCUCGCAAGGACGCAAGAUAUAUGUCAAUCAACCACUCCCAUCGGAAGCUAUAUCUGAAGACGGCCACAUCAAAGCUCAAUAUUCGAGGAAUAAGAUCAGGACCGCGAAGUACACCGCACUAAGUUUCGUGCCGAAGAACUUGUGGUUCCAAUUCCAUAAUAUUGCUAAUAUCUACUUUUUGUUCAUUGUCAUUCUGAGCAUUUUCUCGAUUUUCGGCGCUUCUAAUCCCGGCCUUGGGUCUGUACCCUUGAUCUUUAUCCUGACGGUCACUGCAAUCAAAGAUGCGGUCGAGGACUGGCGCCGUACGGUGCUGGACACCGAACUGAACAACUCGCCUGUUUAUCGACUGGUGGACUGGGAAAAUGUCAAUUCCUCGGAUGACGAUAUCUCUCUUUGGAGGCGAUUCAAGAAGGCUUGUACGAGGUUGGUCAUCUCAACAUAUCGUGCGAUCAAAGGUCUCCGGAAGGGUCAAUCCAAGCGUUCGGAAAAGGAUGCGGUUGGCGACCACCCGAGCUUGCAAAGGGGCAAUUCGAUUGCUACACGCGGCACAAUUCGGAGCUCGCACUAUUCAGAACAUGAAUCCUUCCACUCAUCUCAGAGCCAAACCGGCGAUGACAUCGCCAUGACCCCCGUGCCGUCUCCAGGCUACCGAUCCAGCCUGUCACCAGAUGCCAACGGAGGCCCUCCGAGUAGUGCGCUGUCCUAUCAGACUGCAGACGAGCCUCGCCCCGCUGGAGAUAAUGCACCCUCCAUGCUCCGGACGCAAGACCCCGCCCAGCGAACGAGCGUGCCGCCCGCUAGAAAGGACUAUGGCAGCAUCAUCAACCAACACAAGGAUGUUCCGGACAAGGCUCGCUUCAAGAAAGACUACUGGAAGAACGUCAAGGUCGGCGACUUUGUCCGUAUCUACAAUGACGAGCCCGUGCCUGCCGACCUUGUGGUCUUGUCCACCUCUGAUCCCGAUGGCGCAUGUUACGUAGAGACCAAGAACCUUGAUGGCGAGACAAACUUGAAGGUCCGGCAAGCCAUUCAAGCUGGGCGCAAAGUCAAACAUGCCAAAGACUGUGAAUACGCCGAGUUUGUCCUGGACAGUGAGGGGCCUAAUCCGAACUUGUAUUCCUACAACGGUGUCAUUCGGUGGCAACAACAAGGCUCAAGCGACCUUGCAGGUCCUACCCGUGAGAUGGCCGAGCCUGUCACCAUCAACAACAUGCUUCUGCGUGGUUGUAGCCUGAAGAAUACGGAGUGGAUUCUGGGUAUAGUCGUCUUCACAGGAGGAGAGACCAAAAUCAUGCUCAACUCAGGGAUCACACCCAGCAAACGGGCCCGCAUGGCCAGGGAUCUGAAUUGGAACGUCAUCUACAACUUCAUCAUCCUGUUCUUCAUGUGUUUGGUUGCCGGUAUUGUCGAAGGCGUCACCUGGGCUGACGGAGGCAAUUCUCUGGACUUCUUCGAAUUCGGCUCGAUCGGCGGCAAUCCUGCAACGAAUGGGUUCAUCACAUUCUGGGCUGCCGUGAUUCUUUUCCAGAACUUGGUACCCAUCUCGCUCUACAUCACGCUGGAAAUCGUCCGGUCCAUCCAGGCGUUUUUCAUCUGGUCAGAUGUGCACAUGUACUAUGAGAAGCUCGACUACCCUUGUACGCCGAAGAGUUGGAAUAUUUCCGACGACCUGGGACAAAUCGAGUACAUCUUCUCUGACAAGACCGGCACUUUGACUCAGAACGUGAUGGAAUUCAAGAAAUGUACCAUCAAUGGGCUCCCUUACGGCGAAGCCUACACCGAGGCGGAAGCAGGGAUGCGACGAAGGCAAGGAAUAGACGUCGAGGCCGAAGCCGCCCGGAUACAUCAAGAGCUUGCCGAGGCCCGUGUCGAAACUUUGAGAUUACUCCGGAAGACGUACAACAAUCCCUAUCUCCACGACGACGAGCUGACAUUUAUCGCGCCCAACUUUGUUGCAGAUCUGAACGGUCAGUCUGGCGAAGCGCAGCAGGCUGCUGUCGAGCAUUUUAUGAUUGCAUUGGCUCUCUGCCACACUGUUAUAACCGAAACAACCCCUGGUGAUCCGCCCAAGAUCGAAUUCAAGGCCCAAUCUCCCGACGAAGCUGCACUUGUCGCCACGGCGCGAGAUAUGGGUUUCACUGUGCUUGGCCGUUCCAACGAGGACCUUCACGUCAAUGUGCUUGGUGAGGACAGAACCUACCGGAUCCUUAAUACGCUCGAGUUUAAUUCUACCCGGAAGCGGAUGAGUGCCAUUGUGCGGAUGCCUGAUGGAAGGAUCAAGUUGUUCUGCAAAGGGGCGGACAGCAUGAUCUAUUCUCGUCUGGCUCGUGGCCAGCAGCAGGAACUCCGCAAGGCCACUGCCGAGAACCUGGAAAUGUUUGCGCGCGAGGGUCUUCGAACGCUCUGCGUGGCAGAAAGAGACCUCGACGAAGAUACUUAUCGAGAUUGGAACAAAGAUCACGACUUUGCCGCCCAGGCAUUGACUGACCGAGAAGACCGUCUUGAGGAGGUGGCUGACAGGAUCGAGAGGGACCUCACACUUCUUGGAGGCACUGCUAUCGAGGACCGUCUCCAAGAUGGCGUGCCAGACACGAUCGCUCUCCUUGGGCAGGCUGGUAUCAAGCUCUGGGUCCUGACGGGCGACAAGGUCGAGACUGCCAUCAACAUCGGAUUCUCCUGCAAUCUACUCUCCAAUGACAUGGACCUGAUUCUAUUCGAUAUCCCUGAGGCCUCUCUACAAGAAGCUGGCAAGCUAUUAGAUCAACAUCUCGCGACGUUCGGUCUGACCGGCUCCGACGAGGAGCUAGCAGCAGCGCGACUGGUGCACGAACCUCCGCCGCCCACGCAUGCCUUGGUCAUUGAUGGUGAGUCGCUGAAGUUGGUCCUAUCCGACACCCUGAGGCAGCGAUUCUUGAUUUUGUGUAAGCAGUGCAGGUCUGUACUCUGCUGCCGUGUCAGCCCAGCACAAAAAGCCGCGGUCGUACAACUGGUCAAGAAUGGUCUCGAUAUUAUGGCGUUGUCUAUUGGCGACGGUGCCAAUGACGUUGCCAUGAUUCAGGAGGCCGACGUUGGCGUUGGUAUCGCUGGUGAAGAAGGACGACAAGCAGUGAUGUCCUCUGAUUACGCCAUCGGACAAUUCCGGUUUCUUCAGCGUCUGGUGCUCGUUCACGGUCGCUGGUCUUAUCGCCGUCUCGCCGAGAGCAUCGCCAACUUCUUCUACAAGAAUUUGGUCUGGACCUUUGCACUAUUCUGGUCGCAGAUAUACACUAAUUUUGAUAUCACCUAUCUCUUCGACUACACCUACAUCCUGCUGGUGAACUUGGCGUUCACAUCUGUGCCUGUGGCUCUCAUGGGUAUUCUGGACCAAGAUGUGAGUGAUAAAGUGUCGCUCGCAGUGCCUCAACUAUACCGCCGCGGCAUGGAACGGAAAGAGUGGACGCCAACCAAAUUCUGGUUAUACAUGUUUGACGGCCUUUACCAAUCUGCCAUUUGCUUCUUCAUGGGCUAUCUCUUGUUCGCGCCCGCAACUUUCGAGAGCGCGAAUGGAAGGGGCAUCGCUGACCGAGAGCGCAUGGGCGUCUACGUCGCCUGUGUUGCUAUCUGCGUAAUCAACUCCUAUAUCCUGCUCAACACGUACAAGUGGGACUGGCUCAUGGUGUUGAUCACGGUGAUCAGCUGCCUGCUGAUCUUCGCGUGGACCGGCAUCUACUCUUCAUUCGAGGCGUCGUUCCAGUUCUACAAGGCUGGGGCAGAGGUGUAUGGACAGCUGACGUUCUGGGCCUUGACACUUCUAACCUUCACCAUCUGUCUGUUACCUCGCUUCUGCCUCAAAUACCUCCAGAAGAACUACAUGCCAUACGACAUCGACAUUGUCCGCGAGCAGGUCAGACAGGGCAAGUUCAAGUACCUGGAUGAAUACGAUGCCUAUGUGCCGCCUAAGAUCGUGGAUGUUUCUGGCACAUCCUCGGAACGACCCGAAGAGGCACCUGCCGCAGCCAACGGGCAGCAGAGCCAUACACGGUACGGAAGCAUGGCCGAAUCCCAACGGCCGAUCUACGCGCCCUCAGAAGCACCAACACGGGAUCCGCGUCAUCCCCAUAGCCAGACAGGGAGCGACGGCACAGAUAGGACCAAACCGUCGUUCGACAUUAUAGGACCUCAUGGGGAGCCAGCCACUCCUGACAAGCUCAGGAGGAGACGGCCUUCUCUUGAGCGUGUCCGCUCCUCAUUCGAGAGACAGCGGCAGUCAUUUGACAAGCUCAGGCCGAGCUUCGAGGGGAGCAGAGACUUCACUAGUGCUGCCUUGCUGCAGAGGAUGGAGUCCCAAUACUCACAGCCGGGACUGUCUCAGGUCAACACGAGGGUGAUCCCUGAAGAGCGCUCCUGA